AUGGAGGAGAAACAACUUUAUGGCGCGCUCACGGUGUACCGUGAAAGGGGAGCGUACUUACGGCGACUGGAACAGUUCGAGAAGGCGAAAGCGUCGUAUGAUGAAGCGUUCAAGAGUAACGCGGAGGAUGUGCGCACGCUAACGGGGCGCAGCCAGGUGUGCGCGGACGCCGUGCGGCCCGUGCAGGCGUACGCCGACGCCGAGCUGGCGCUCAAGCUGUCGCCCGGCAACAUGAACGCGCGCAACAUGCAGGCGCGCGCUAUGUACACCAUGUCCGACUUCGAGCGCUCCGUCGUCAUGAACUUCCGCGGCCUGCGUCUGCGCCGACAACCACCCUACUUCAUGGAAGGUAUCAACCAAGGACUCGAAACUAUCCAGGAUUGUGUCGGUGUCAAUGCUGGCAAUGUAAUGUUGGACUUCCUACCGCUCAUUAAGCAGCUCGAAACGGGCCCACCUGAUGAGGAUGAGCCUCAAAAGGUGUUACAUGUAAACCGAAUUCCCAAGCAAGAACGUAAGCGCAAAAUGACACAAAUGGAGGCCAGAAAGCAUUGCACUUUAGCUCGUGUACUUGCAAUGAAGUACCUGGGACCUAUGGCGUACGAUAAAUUUUUCCUUCAAGAACUCAUGGAAGAUCCUAGAAUUAUGUCUGCAAAUUCAAGUGGUAGCAUAGAACUGAAAGAAAUUGUGAAAGAGGCUUUACGAUCUCUCAGUGAAAGACAAGAGAUGUUACGUGCUCAAAGGCCAUACUACACUAUUAAAUUAGCUGAAAAGGCAGAAUCUAAACACCAGACUAAAUAUAGGGAGGCUGUUCUGAUUCAAGAACGAGAAACUGGGGCAAAGACCGCAGAGCGCUUAUUGAAACAGAUUGAGAAGAGCAUGCGCGAGCAUCGUAUAAUGGAUUUGAUAUCUCAGGCCGAGCGCAUGCAGAUGUUCCUCGAUGUGAAAACUCCCAGAACAUUGCCAGACAAAGAGAUUUAUACCGAUCGCUUGUACAGAGCGGUUGGAGAAGGAUAUCUGUCGCAGCAUAGACUAUCCUAUACACUCAGUGAACGUGGUAACCGCCGCAGAAUAGCAUUCCUUAUGGGCUUGUCAGUCGGCCGUCCCACGUCGUUUGAUUCUGUCAUGGCAAAUUAUCCAUACAAAUUCAUUGACAUUAAGCAUGCCACAGAGAAAGUAAUGCUGACUCUUGAUAUGUGUGAAAAUGCUACAAUGAAAUGUUGGUUAAUGUACGAAUUAGCUCGGUUGCUUUCCACGCAGAAAAACUUCGCACUAGCUAAGUUUUAUGCGAAGAGAUGUCAGAGAGAGGCUCAAGAGUUGGGAAAUAUCACGUGGUGGCUAAACGGAUGUUUUGUUCUAAUGAGCGGUGACAUGCAACAAGGCAACGCAAACGAAGUGCGUAUAGAAGUGGAAGAAGCUUACGAAUGGUCGAAGAAAUUACAGGAUCCAGAAAGAGUGCAGGCCUUCCUAGCUAAGUGCGCAGAAAUGGCGACUGAGGCGGUUACUGGUGACGAUCGUAAGGCGAUAACGGUGCGCGAGCGGCAGAUCAUGUCAGUGAUGGAUCCUGAGACUCGCGUGGAGACGCAGGUGCUGUUCAAGCGCAUCUCGACGGUGCCGGUCGGGCGGCAGUUCUCCGUGCUGCCGCGCAAGUCCGACGCCGUGGGCGACACGCGCUCCGAGCGGAAGAAGCGGCGCCAGCGCGGCCUGUCCGUCAUCCCGGGGCCUGAGCAAGUGUUACCAGCCGCGCCCAAGUCUGAUGUCCUCGGAUACCAAGUAUUUGAUAUUUAAUGUUUAUAUUUUGAACAAUCUAUUCAUUGGAGGCAUUUUUUCAUUUAUAUUCAAAUUAUCUUAUUUUUUUUAAUAAUAAUUACCAGUGUACAUACCUUUG